AAAAAAUAUCAGAAGAGCUCAUAUCAGAAACAUACAAAUGCGGAUUUGGUAAAAGAGACGGCAAAUAUCGACACCGUCAUCCUAGGCUCCUAGCUACCUCACCCGAGAGAGAAGCACCGUAUCGCCAUGGCCACUUUCUUGGGCAGCUCGCCGGCGUUCCUCGCCCGCCCCGUCGCCAAGCCGCACAGCAUCUCCUGCGCUCAGCCCCCGCGCCCGCCCAGCGUCCAGAACCAGCCGCCACCCGGCGAGCAGCCGCAGCAGCAGUCCGUGCAGGCGCAGGCGCAGCCGGCGGCGAGGCCGAAGCGCGCGGGUGGCGCGGACUCCACGGACUGGGUGGCCUCGUCGCUGACGCGGCGGUUCGGGAUCGGCGCCGGGCUCGCGUGGGCCGGGUUCCUGGCCGUCGGCGUCGUGUCCGAGCAGCUCAAGACCCGCUUCGAGGUCGCCCAGCAGCAGGCCAACACCAAGGACGUGGAGCAGGAGCAGGAGGUGGUGCUCCCCAACGGCAUCCGGUACUACGAGCUGCGCGUCGGCGGCGGUGACGUCCCGCGCCCCGGCGACCUGGUGGUGAUCGACCUGCAAGGCCGGGUGGCCGGCGGCGGCGGGGAGGCGUUCGUGGACACGUUCGGGGAGGGGAAGCGGCCGCUGGCGCUGGUGAUGGGUUCCCGGCCCUACACCAGGGGCAUGUGCGAGGGCGUCGAGUACGUGCUGCGCUCCAUGAGGGCCGGCGGCAAGCGGCGGGUGGUCGUCCCGCCGGGGCUCGGGUUCGGCGACGACGGCGCCGACUUCGGGGAGGAGCACGUGCAGAUACCGCCCGGCGCCACGCUCGAGUACGUCGUGCAGGUCGACAAGGUGUCCAUCGCGCCGGCGUGAGGCGCGGGUAGAUAGAUCACAGUCGCCAUGAGACAAGUUUCUCCUUUAAUCGUCGAGCUUGCACACUGUUUAUCUCAUUAAAUGAACUGUUUUGGGGGAGUUUUGCUUCUCAGAAACAGAUUUUUUAAAAAAAUAAACUUUCUUGCAAGCUACCUAAUCCUAUCUUUCAAGUUUUCGUUA